GUCCCAUACCACCGAACCAGGUGCAUCCAUCCAACAUGUCUUCCCGUACCCCCCUUCGCACCGGAGUCUACGCUCCUACCAUGACCUUCUUCAACCCCGACACGGAGGAACUCGACGUCCCUACGAUCCGCAAACAUGCCGUGCGUCUGGCCAAGGCCGGUCUUGUCGGCUUGGUGACCAUGGGAUCGAACGGAGAGGCUGUUCAUCUGACCCGCGAAGAGCGCAAGACUGUCAUUCGCGAGACGCGGUCUGCCCUCGUCGAGGCUGGGUUCCAGAACGUCCCCGUCAUCACGGGAGCCAGUGAGCAGAGCAUCCGCGGCACCAUCGAGCUGACGAAGGAGUCGGCCGAGGCUGGUGCUGAGUACGCAUUGAUUGUGCCCCCGAGCUACUACCGCUAUGCCGUUGGCAACGACCAGACGCUGUAUGACUACUUCACUGCGGUGGCUGAUGCCUCUCCUAUUCCCAUCAUCCUGUACAACUACCCCGGAGCCGUUUCCGGUAUCGACAUGGACUCGGAUCUCAUCAUCCGUAUCUCUCAACAUCCCAACAUCGUCGGCACUAAGUUCACCUGCGCCAACACCGGCAAGCUGACCCGCGUUGCUCGCGCGCUCAACGCUAUCACUCCCGAGUCCCCCUUGGUGACCCCUCGGAAGAACACUUCGACUAAGAAGGCCGAGAACCACCCCUACGUGGCUUUUGGUGGCAUUGCGGACUUUUCGCUGCAGACUCUGGCCUCUGGCGGCUCGGCCAUUCUGGCAGGUGGUGCCAACGUCAUCCCCAAGCUUUGCGUGCACAUCUUCAACCUCUGGAGUGCGGGUCGCUUCGCCGAGGCUGUGGAGGCUCAGCAGCUGCUGAGUGCGGCGGAUUGGGUCCUCACCAAGACCGCCAUCCCUGGUACUAAGGGAGCUAUCCAGUCGUACUAUGGAUACGGUGGGUAUCCUCGUCGGCCUUUGGGACGCCUGAGCGCGGAACAGACUCAGGCUGUGGCCGAUGGAAUCAAGGAGGCGAUCGAAUUGGAGAAGACUCUUCCCGACGUCGCCUAA